UUUCAAAUCACGUGAUAAACACUUUCUUGGAUUCUCGUAUACAUAGGGAAAACACGGAGGCUGGUAGCUCUAGUACACAGGAUGAGGCAGCAUUUUCUCGACGACCACGACGAAUAAGGCUACAUCAACAUGAAGAUUCCAGCCCGUCAUCUCCGCUACUCACACCUGCUUUCCUGGGUCGUGUUUUCAUCAGUUCCUGCAGAGUUGUUGGCGGAGCAGCACGAGCGAGAUCAUAGCGUCCACGUAAGCAGGAGCCCGGGCUUCAUAUCUGAUCGCGAACGCAAUAGAGAUGAUAAGGACGAUUUUCUGUAUCAUCAACGAGACUACAUCAGAGUAGAUGCAACCGCACGUCACACGGCAUUUGAACACGAUCAGACGGAAUAUCAGGUUCCUGGCGACAAUCGGGUCUCCGUUGAUCAUCGAGGAUUGGCGUCCGCAUCCUCUACUACGAGACAUUCGACGCAUGAUCCCGAAGUAGGAGUUGAUGUCAAAAACCAUCAAGAAGUAGAAGGCGCACUCCCAGUUGUACAACACGAGGACAACAAGAAGAACCUUCCGCCCCUUUAUCAAAGGUCAGUUCGCGGUGACCUCGAGCUGCAUUGGGCGAUAGUCUACGAGGCACUAGGGCCGACACUGAAAACAGCAAUUGCAAUAUUCUUGGCUGGUACAAGUGCUGGUUUCGAGUCACAAAUUUGAUGCAAAAUAAUUAUUUUGAUACAACAUGAUGGCACUUCAACAAAAAUGACGACGAAAUAAAUGACACAAUAAUUUUUCCAACCUUUAAUCCUCAAUGAAUCACUCCACAGGUAUUCUCGCAUCUGCCAGUGGAAUUGGGGGUGGUGGGAUUUUCGUGGUGAUUUUGAUGCUCAGCAACGACCUUUCCCCGCACCAAGCCGUUCCUCUGUCGAAGGCGAUCAUCUUUGGUGGCGCAGUGAAAAUUCUGUUGAUGAAUAUUGCAGCUAACCAUGAUGCUAUCCGUGCUGUCGGAGGAGGUGUUGCAGAUGACCACAAUGAAAAUGGCGCCGGAGCAGGCAGUGAAAGCGACUCGUCUUCUAGGGUUUCAAGAACUUCUGCUGCAUCUACUAAAAUGAACAAGAUGAAAACAGCGACAGUAGAACCUGACCUUGCAUUGAUGCGUGCUGUUGUUCCUCAAGCACUUGCUGGCACUGUGUUUGGAGUUCUUUUCAACGCCAUCUUUCCGCCAACAGUGCUUGUCACGUGUUUGGCGUUUUUGUUGACGUUCAUGGCAACGAAAACUACCUCUCAAGGCAUUCAAAAAUGGAAGGAAAGUAGCGCAACAUCAAGUUCUAGAUUGGCAUUGGGUGCUAGUAUCAGCAAUCCAUCUGCAGAAAGACAACUACUGGUGGAAAAUCAAGAAGAGGAAGCAGCUUCUGUAAUUAGUCGACAAGCAGGACAUCAUGGAGGUGCAGGUGGAAACCCUCUGCUAUUGACAGCAUCGAUCCCAACAACUGCCUCGAUAAAUGCCAGUUAUAAUCGGAUCAAUGAGCAGGACUCAACCGCAGGCUCCGCCUCAGAAAACAAUAUUAAGGCACCUAGUGCUAAAAGCGUUGAGAUGCAAGACUUGACGCAACAACCUCCACACGUGUCUGCUUCUAGUAACACGAUGACGCGCCGUCCGUCAUUAGGAGAAGAGGAGCUUGAGAUUCCAGACCGCCAAAUGAAAGCCAUCGUGCGAGACCUUCAGAGAAUAGACGCAGGGUUGCUCUGCGGUCUUUUGAUAUCGGCUAUUCUGGGUGGCUACGCGACACAUAAUACCACUCAUGGGAGUUUUGCGUGGUGGCUGUGCAUCAUCUUUCCUUGCAGUGCUUGUGCGCUAGCUACAGGUUGGUUUUACAGGAGGAUAAAUCAGGGACCGUCGCCACUGCUAGUGAUGUUUUUUCGGGUUUAUUUGACGGUUGCGAGAGGUAAGAUGCGUCUACAACGGAAGAGUUUUCUUGAUUCCUCUAGCCGCGGCGCCAAUUCAGACUCAGAGUCCACUCCGUUAAGCGGACUUAGGAACUUGAAUUCCUCUACACUUCACGACCAGGAGAUGCAAGAUCGACAACACCUCCAAUCUCUGAACAAUGCUACUGCUAGCACUUUGGCACAAUCCUCGAGAAGAAGUACAACUAGCACUACGAGAACUACGCCUUCCUGUUCGUCGUGGUCAUCUUCCCUUCUCUCAAGAGUAAGUCCCACAGCUCUUGCGUCCCAAAUUUCUUCUCGCCCGGAGUUGCAGAUGCCCCCUCUAGUUUUCCCGUUCGUCGCGACUUUUGCCGGUGUCUGCUCUGGUCUCUUCGGCAUCGGCGGUGGACUGAUAUUUUCGCCGUUUUUCCUUUACAUGCAAGUCGACCCGACAAUUGCUGUUGCAACGAGUGCUAGCUGUGUCAUUUUCACCAGUACCAGCACAACCUUCCAGUACUUGCUUCUUCGCCGGAUCAUCGUUCCCUACGCUUUUCUCUACGGUACGAUCAGCUUCCUGUCAGCGAUAGUGGGUCUCCGCUUCAUUCAGGACGUUAGGAAGAGGUUUGGGGAACGAGGGAAUGCAAUCACGAUACUAGUGGUAGCCUUCGCAGUAGGACUUUCAGCUGUUGCUGCAAUUGUCAAAUUGGGAAAAACACAAUAUGAACAUCAUUGAACCAGGUGACUUGUGCAGCUGCCAACAUGAUUCUUCCGUCGUUUCAUGCGAUGCAAACGUGAAUAAAAAAUUUGAUUUUGAUGAGUCCUUGUGUAACCAUCUUCUAUCGAUAUUACAGCCAUCGUUGUG